GACGGCAGGCCGGAGAGGAGUAGAUGGAAGAUCGGACAGCGCGGUGACAGCUUGUGGAUUGGUUGGGGCGUCUUUGGUUAUUUUUCUUGCGGGGGGGCUCUUUUUUUUUUUUAACACUUUAUUGGGAGUUUAUUCUCAAGGUACCAGUUCCUGGGAUCGCAGCUCGAGAUAACAUUCAUUAAACUCCCCUUUUCUGGGAAAUGCAGCAAGUUUUGGAAAACCUUACAGAGCUGCCCUCAUCUACAGGAGCAGAAGAAAUAGACCUAAUUUUCCUCAAGGGGAUUAUGGAGAAUCCUAUUGUGAAGUCACUUGCUAAGGCUCAUGAGAGACUUGAAGAUUCAAAAUUAGAAGCUGUCAGUGACAAUAACUUGGAAUUAGUGAAUGAAAUUCUUGAAGAUAUCACUCCUCUGAUUAGUGUGGAUGAAAAUGUGGCAGAACUAGUUGGGAUACUCAAGGAGCCUCACUUCCAGUCGCUCCUGGAGGCCCAUGAUAUUGUGGCAUCAAAGUGUUAUGAUUCGCCUCCUUCUAGCCCAGAAAUGAAUUUUCCUUCUCUGAAUAAUCAAUUGCCAGUAGAUGCCAUCCGUAUUCUCGGUAUUCACAAAAAAGCUGGAGAGCCAUUGGGUGUAACAUUUAGGGUUGAAAAUAAUGAUCUGGUAAUCGCCCGAAUCCUUCACGGAGGAAUGAUAGAUCGACAAGGUCUGCUUCACGUGGGAGAUAUCAUUAAGGAAGUCAAUGGCCAUGAGGUUGGAAACAAUCCAAAGGAAUUACAAGAAUUAUUGAAAAAUAUUAGUGGAAGUGUCACCCUAAAAAUUUUACCAAGUUACAGAGAUACUAUUACUCCUCAGCAGAGUUACGUCAAUAUGGAGAGGCACCCAGCCCACGUCCGUCAGGUAUUUGUCAAGUGUCAUUUUGAUUAUAAUCCAUUCAAUGAUAACCUGAUACCCUGUAAAGAAGCAGGACUGAAAUUUUCCAAAGGAGAAAUUCUUCAGAUUGUAAACAGAGAAGACCCAAACUGGUGGCAGGCUAGCCAUGUGAAAGAGGGAGGAAGUGCAGGUCUGAUUCCAAGCCAGUUCCUGGAAGAGAAGAGAAAGGCAUUUGUUCGCAGAGACUGGGACAAUUCAGGACCCUUUUGUGGAACUAUAAGCAACAAAAAAAAGAAGAAGAUGAUGUACCUCACAACCAGGAAUGCAGAGUUUGAUCGUCAUGAAAUUCAGAUCUAUGAGGAAGUAGCAAAAAUGCCACCCUUCCAACGGAAAACAUUAGUGUUGAUCGGAGCUCAAGGUGUGGGCAGAAGGAGCUUGAAAAACAGGUUCAUAGUACUGAAUCCUGCUAGAUUUGGAACAACGGUGCCAUUUACUUCACGGAAGCCAAGAGAAGACGAAAAGGAUGGACAGGCAUAUAAAUUUGUGUCCCGAUCAGAGAUGGAAGCAGAUAUUAAAGCUGGGAAGUAUUUGGAGCAUGGGGAAUACGAAGGAAACCUGUAUGGAACCAAGAUCGACUCUAUUCUUGAAGUUGUCCAGACUGGGCGGACUUGCAUUUUGGAUGUCAACCCACAAGCACUGAAAGUGUUAAGGACUUCUGAAUUCAUGCCUUAUGUGGUAUUUAUUGCUGCUCCAGAGCUAGAGACCUUGCGUGCCAUGCACAAGGCUGUGGUGGAUGCGGGAAUCACCACCAAGCUUUUGACGGACUCUGACUUGAAGAAAACAGUGGAUGAAAGUGCCCGGAUUCAGAGAGCAUACAGCCACUACUUUGAUUUGAUCAUCGUAAACGACAAUCUAGACAAAGCCUUUGAGAAACUACAAACUGCCAUUGAGAAACUCAGGAUGGAGCCACAGUGGGUCCCAAUUAGCUGGGUGUACUGAUGAUUCAAUAAGGUUAACAGUUAAAUAAAACUUUAAAACAGCGACUCAGCAAGUCAGCCUUCUGCUGGGAGAGCACAUGCAGAGGUGGAAGGCGCCUGCGCAUCAAGGCAUUUUUAUUGUGUAGAUUGAAAUAACAGUGCACUAGGUGGAAUUUUUAUAUUUGUGGUUGGGAAGGUGUACUAAUAUAUAAUUUCUCUUAAUUUUUCUAACUUUUUAUGGACAAAACCUUUCUAUUCAUACCACAUAAAGAAAUGCGUUCAAGCAUUUUGUAAGUUUUGAUUUAGUACCCUUACUUUUUCAUCAAAGGAAUUUUCAGAUCAUUCUCUCCAACAUUGAUCUCACAUUUUCACUGUGAUAAUGAAUACUUGAAAUAGUUUUUUAAUGCUGUCGUUCUCGUAAGUGGUUAGUGAAGGGUCAAUUAUUCUCUUAUUAGAAACAAAUAGUAGUUAUUGACCUUCAUCAAACUCCUUACAGAAGCAGAAUUUAGAUUAUCAGUGCAACAGCUAGUCCACUACUAUCUUAAUCUGCUCAGUGCCACCUCUUAUUCCAGAGUAUGGCUGCUCAUUCUAUUUGUAAGAUAAAUCCGCUCCCCACCCCAACUCUCUCUAGUGAACACAAUGAAGAGCAAUAGCUUGCACUCUCUAUGGGAUUCUUCUUUUCAUUUGUCGCAGUGAUGUGCUGAUGCCGACUAGUGUUGCAGAUUAGCUACGGAGCUCGGGUGGAAGCAUGGUCAUGCACACAGAGAGUGCCUUAUCCUGCAAACUUAACUUAGAGAACAUUUACUUAUUUUCAAAUAUAAAAUUUCAAACCUAUUACUUCAGUUUUGUUUUUUUAAGAAUAGUCAGCAAAAAUAUGCCUGUGCAAAUGUUUGUGAUAUUUAAAGAUGUCUCUAAGCUGCAAACUGUUUGUUAAUCAUCAGAUGUGAUUUCUGAAACAGGAAGUGAUUUAUUAGGGUAUUUGUUCUCUGUUUUGUCAAAAACCAAAUCCAUUGAACAGUUUACAAGAUUUGGAAAUAAUUGCCAGCUAUUCAUAUAUACACACACCUAAUAUUCAUUAUGUAAUAUAUACUAAAUAAUGUUCUAUAUUCUUCAGAUUUCUGUUAAGAAGUACACUUUUUUUUUUUAAGAUUAGGAGCCAAGUCCCUGAGCUGCGUUGACACAGUGCACUGAUUUCCACAGUCGCCUUGGUUGAUGCCCUCCUUUAGGGUUCCUGAAUGGUACAUGUUCUUCCAUAAACACUGACACUUAGUGAUGCAGCUCAUCACUGAACUUAGACAACCUUAGUUUAUAUUGCUGCCAGUUUUUCGCAGUCAGAAGUCAUACUUGAAAGGGUUUGGUGCUUAAAUAUUGAUGAGGAUCUUUGGUGACAGUCUCUAAACACCUGACUUCUGAUUUUGGCUUUCCCCUCAUCAGAGUUAUAUAUCCAUCUAUAUGAAGAUUGAUAUAGCUAUACAUAGACAUGCAUACAAAGGUACUUAUAUAUGGUAAGAAGCAAUAUUAUACAUUGCUUUAAAUUACUUUCAUAAUAAAACACCUAAGUUACCGUAUUGUAAUAGUGGUAAUCUGCAGGCUUUUAAAUUUUAAUUCUAGAAUUUCAUAGCCAAAAUUCUUUUUCUUUUCUUUUCUUUUCUUUUUUUUUUUUUUUUGGUGGGGAGGGAGCAGGAAAGUGUUAACAAAAUGGACCAUAUACUUAAUAACUUUGUAAACUACAUGUAUUAGCUAAAAUUCAUGCAUUCUCACUGUAACAUGAGUCAGAGCACAGUAUUUGCAUGGCACCUUGUAACUUAGUGUUUCAACACACUGUAAUGUAGGCAUGGAGAAGAAGUUCAGUUCUGUGCUCACAGGAAAUGUGCCGUAUUCCCCAGUGUCCCUUCAUGUUGUCUUAUGAAGCCUCUCUAAGCUGCUUUGGAAAAAUUAUAUUAGCAGAGCAGUCUAUCCACACAGUAUUUCUACCAUCUGGGUCCAACAGAAACAAUAGCUACUUAUCUUUUUCAUGUUAAAUAUAAAAAUGCAUAAUGUCUGGAGUAUCAUCUAUACUUAACAUUGUUUCUGUUAUAAAUGGUACUCAUGAAUCAUCAACAUACCUACAUUAGAUUUCUCCUAAUGAAAUGAUAGUUUUGCUCACUAUAAUAUAGAUACAAAUAUUAAGAAAAUACAACUGUUUCUCAGUAAAAAAAAAAAAAAAAAAAUAAAAA